AUGAUGCUGAAUCACCAUUACAUCAGUUCUUCUCCAACUGAAACCAAUGCUGCAAUGGAGGCAGUCUUCUCUGACCAACCUCCUAUAUUUAUCCUUCCGACUCAUUUGUCCUUGGAUCAGCUGCAUGAAGCAGAAAGCCGUCUCGUAUGUCAUGGGGGUAAUUUGACCUACGACAUUAACGAGGCAGGUCUCAUUCUUGGGAAAAUUACACACAAAAAACGUGCGGCAUUGGAGCUACGCUCACGCGGGAUCUGGACGGAGGAUGCUUCACCAUCUGCUGUCAAAAUAAUUAAGACAAACUGUGAACGACCGGCGAAGCGCCAAAGGACAGGACACAGUACUGUGAAUGCUCUCCAAGGAAUUGAAAUAAUUGAUCUCAGUACCGAGUAUGAAGAAGACGAGAUUUCAACAGCAGACAGAGCCGGUAUUCUCAGUCUUUUGAAAUUGGAAUGGCUGGAUCUCUCUAUCAAAGACGGGAAGAGGUUGCCUUAUGACGAAUUUGUGGUAUAUAUAGGACGAAAGACUGUUUGUCCUAUCGACGUGCCAAAAUUACAGAAUAAUUCCUCCAACCAGAUCAUACAGCGUGCCAAAGAUGAUGGCGCACAAGUGGUCCUAGGCUCAAAUAAGCGGCGUGUACGACACCCCAAAAAUCUACCGGGGGAAACUAGAAAACCACGGCCGACCCUCUACAGAGAAACAACGUCCGAGAACGACGACGAAGCAAUACCACUAAAGCCAUAUUGGGUGAGAAACCAAGUCAUCCUUUCAUGUAUGCGAUCAAGUUAUUUAGAUGCACCAAAUAGCGAAUUCAUAUCGCAGCUGGUCAAAGUCCGACGCAUUCGAGAACUCACACUCGACGAGAUUGGUGUACGAGCUUACAGUACAUCCAUCGCGGCAUUGGCUGCAUACCCAUGUGUCAUCAAGCGACCGAGAGAAAUAGCCUCCCUCCCAGGCUGCGACUCAAAGAUAGCAAACCUUUUUGCAGAAUUCCAACAUGAGGAUAACGGCAUUACUGCUGCAGCCGCAUUGGAAAACGAUCCUGAACUACACGUCAUUAACUCGUUCUACCAAAUAUGGGGCGUUGGGGCCAAGACGGCGCGCGAUUUCUACAAUCGAGGAUGGCGGGAUCUCAACGAUGUAAUCGAGCAUGGCUGGCCCUCUCUCUCGCGUGUGCAGCAGAUAGGAGUGAAGUUCUACGACGAGUUCCAAGAGGGAAUUCCACGCGCCCAGUCGGAAGCCAUCGCAGCUGUUGUACAGCGUCAUGUGAAUCGGGUGAGGCCCGAAGCGACUAACAUUGACUGCAUUAUAGUAGGUGGCUACCGACGUGGCAAGCAGAGCGGUGGCGAUGUGGAUAUAUUGCUCACUCACCGGGAUGACGCAGUAACGCGCAAUCUCAUCUUCGACCUUGUGGCUAGUCUAGAGAAAGACCUUUACAUCACACACACUCUCUCUGUUCAUUUGGCAUCCUCUCAGCACGAGAAGCACACUCUACCAUUCCGAGGCAAAGAUACAGAAUCACACUUCGAUACGCUUGACAAAGCACUAGUCGUCUGGCAAGAUCCACAGUUUGAGUAUUCUGGUUCCACGGAGAAUGAAGAUUGUAGUAGCAGAAGAAACCGGAACAUUCACCGCCGCGUUGACAUUAUUAUAUCACCUUGGCAGACUAUUGGAUGUGCGGUACUUGGUUGGACUGGCGAUACAACUUUCCAGCGAGACCUGAGAAGAUAUGCGAAGAAGGUACAUGAUUGGAAGUUUGACUCAACGGGAGUGCAAAGUCGAAGUGCCGUAGGUGAGAUUAUUGAUCUUGAAAAAGGUGGUCAGACCUGGGAGGAAAGAGAGAGAAUGGUCAUGGAGCGGAUUGGAAUUGGAUGGAGACCUCCUGAGGAACGUUGUACACGAUGA